CCCGAGCGCGCUGCUCCGCGCUCCUCCCCGCCCAGCGCGGCCCGCGGGGAGGCGCCGGAGGUGGGACUGCGGGCGGGAGGGCUCCGGGAGGUCGGCGCGCUCGGAGCCGGGACCCCGGCAGAGCCCGCCGCCCCGGGAGGAGCUGCAGGGGCCGCGCAGCGCGGCCGGGCGCCCGCAGGAAGUGGUGCGGGUGGAGGCUCAGGGGAGCGGCGGCCGCGCGCGCCGAGCCGGGGCCAGGGUCCGGGUCGCACCCCCGCGUCCCACAGCUGCUGUCGCCCGGGAGCAGCAGCUGCGCCCCGGCCCCCGCGGCGGCGGGGGUGGAGGAGGCCCCGCAGCUGGACGGUGGCAGCGGGAGGCGCCGCACGCUGUCCCGGGCGCUGGGGAGGGGGCCGCGCUGCCCCGGCUGAGCCGCGCUGGGAUGACCCACUGACCGCGGCCAUGCAGCCUUGAGGGGCCCGCGGGGACGAGCUGCGGGGCGCGACCUCCCGGGAAGGGGCCGCGGGCGCAGGCAACAGGACGGUACCCAGCGCAGCUGGGCGGGAAGCCACUUACCAUGGAACCCGUGACCCAGUGGAGCCCCAAACAAGUGGUGGACUGGACGAGAGGGUUAGAUGACUGCCUGCAGCAGUAUGUCCCCAGGUUUGAACGGGAGAAGAUAAAUGGAGAGCAGCUACUGCAGAUUUCCCAUCAGGAACUUGAGGAGCUGGGGGUCACACGAAUCGGACACCAGGAACUUGUACUGGAGGCUGUCGACCUUCUCUGUGCACUGAAUUACGGCCUUGAAACUGAUAAUAUGAAGAACUUGGUUCUGAAACUGCGAGCAUCUUCCCACAACUUACACAAUUACAUAAGUAGCCGGAGAAGAAGUGCAGCUUAUGACGGGAACACCUCCCACAAGCCGCCCAACGAGUUCCUAACCUCCGUGGUGGAGCUCAUUGGUGCUGCCAAGGCCUUGCUGGCGUGGCUGGACCGGGCUCCCCUUACAGGGGUCACUGAUUGCUCAGUCACGAAGAACGAAGUCAUCCAGCUUUGCCUGGACCUGACCACUACAGUCCGGAAGGAUUGCCUUGUAGCAGAAAUGGAGGACAAAGUUUUAACCAUAGUCAAGGUUUUAAAUGGCAUCUGUGACAAAACAAUCCGAUCUGCUACAGACCCUGUUAUGAGCCAGUGUGCAUGUCUGGAAGAAGUUCACUUACCAAACAUUAAACCCGGGGAAGGACUGGGCAUGUACAUCAAAUCAACCUAUGAUGGAUUGCAUGUGAUCACUGGAACCACAGAAAAUUCUCCUGCAGACAAAUCUCAGAAGAUUCAUGCUGGUGAUGAGGUCAUUCAGGUCAAUCAGCAAACUGUGGUGGGAUGGCAGCUAAAAAAUUUGGUGAGAAAAUUGAGAGAGAAUCCUACAGGAGUUGUGUUGCUGCUUAAGAAGCGCCCCACGGGUUCUUUCAACUUUACUCCUGCUCCCCUGAAAAACCUACGGUGGAAGCCGCCUCUCGUGCAGGCCUCGCCGCCACCCACGACGACCCAGUCCCCCGACAGCACUAUGGAUACCUCGCUGAAGAAGGAGAAGCCAGCCAUCCUGGAUCUUUACAUUCCUCCUCCUCCAGCCGUUCCCUACUCUCCCCGAGAUGAGAGCGGGAGUUUUGUUUAUGGAGGAUUCAGUAAGUGUAAACAACCACUGCCUCGGCCUAAGGGUUCAGAGUCUCCGAAUUCCUUCUUGGACCAGGAAAGCCGAAGACGGAGGUUUACCAUCGCCGAUUCCGAUCAGUUGCCUGGGUAUUCGGUAGAAACCAAUAUUCUGCCCACAAAAAUGAGAGACAAAACACCAUCUUAUGGCAAGCCCCGGCCUUUGUCCAUGCCUGCAGAUGGGAGCUGGAUGGGAAUUGUGGACCCUUUUGCCAAACCUCGAGGUCAUGGGAGGAAAAGUGAGGAUGCUCUUUGCCGGUAUUUCAGUAACGAGCGGAUUCCUCCGAUCGUCGAAGAAAGCUCGUCUGCCCCAUACCGGUUCUCAAGGCCUACAGCGGAGAGGCAGCUGGUGCGAGGCGCGGACUACAUCCGAGGGAGCAGGUGCUACAUCAGUUCGGAUCUCCACAGCAGUGCCACGAUUCCCUUCCAUGAGGAAGGGGCCAAAAAGAAAUCCGUGUCCUCAGCCAAGUCCUCUUCUGCAGAACCAUCCCUGCUGGUCAGCUGGCUUACUCGCCUGAAACUGUUGACUCACUGAGCCUGCCUGGCCUGGACCGGACUCCCCCAUGUCCCGCUACCAAGUGCCUUGCCCCCUCCAUUGACAGUCUGUUCUGAUUCUCACCCACAGUAUUAUGUAGUGAUCUUAGGCAAUUUUUGUUUUUGGAAAGUCGUAUACUGCCUUUCUCGGAAUUUGAAGUAAUUGGAUGGGAACAAAUCCAGAGGACAGAUGCCGCCUCACUGAGGCGGAAGGAGAGAAAUGGGUGAAGUCUGCUUUUCAUGCUCCCUUAGAGGCGAACACGGAGACACACUCUACACCAGAGCCUUGGCCAGCAGUUUAUGGUCACUAUGAGGAACUGGACCGUUGUUCUUUCUGGGGCCGGACUAAAAUCAGUGGCUCUGGUCAAACAGAUAUGUUGGUUUGUGGUCCAAUUUAUUCACCUGAAAAAGCCAGUGGAGAGAACAUUUUUAUUUUUAUUUUUCAAGCUAUAUAGCAUUUGUAAGUGUGGCAGUUUUGACUCAUGUGGCAGGUGUUUGACGGUCUUACAAAGCAGAGGUUUCAGGGCAGGCUUGUUAACCCCCUUUUGUAACAAUCUCAGUGUAGGUCAGUUAAUACAGAAACACAUGAACACAUUUAGAUAGGGCUUAUUACACACAAGAAGUGUAUGGUUAUUUGUGAAGGGUGUCGUUGUUAUUGUUAUGUGUUAAUGUCUUUAAGGGAAAAGCGGUAAGAUUUGCUAACAGCCAAAGUUGUCAUUCAGAAAAGUGAAACGACAAUACUUAGGUUUAUGAGAGAUACAUCAGUUUGCGUUUUGGCCUGUUUAAUGCCUACCUUCCAGAAAAGAACAGAGAGUCCUUCAAAAUCGGACCCAUUUUGCUAAUUAGAAAUCUCUUGGAAAGUCUCAUGGUCAUUAAUUUUCACCUAGCAUCAGGUAUUUUGGAAACGUGUCUCUGGUGGUCACUCUUGUUUAAACUGAAUGUAUGAUAUUUUGCUGGAUUGGAAAAGUACUAUCUUGUUAAUUUAAGUGUUUUAAAUAUAGUUGUAUAUUUUUCUUACUCUUA